AUGUUUUUUACGAUAUAAUACGAAGCCAUGUUACGGGAUGAAGAUUGUCGGCGCCCAAACGCGGGCAGUGGGUAGAAACCCAAAUUUAAGCCUGGUGCCCAGCUUCGACGUACGCGGCAUAUUCUACGUCAAAGCCAGGUGUUUUCAACCAUUUUAUUGCAGCGUGCUUCUAUUAGCAUCAUAACUACUCCUUGGAUACAUUGUGUUAUGUCAUAGCAAGUGACGAUUCGUAAGCUCGUUGUUUCUCGUCUCGAAAUCCCAAGAUCUUUCGAAAAGCAUUGCUAAUCAACUGAACGGAUGCUUCUAUGGCAAACAUGUCACAAGAGUUUUGAAAACAAGAAAAAAUAUAUAGAAUGUUUUUUUGCUUUGUCAUAUCUUUCUCAGCCGCGUGCAUUGUGACAGGUAGUUCGGCAGAUGCAGUCGGUACUCCGACUGACUCCUUUUCCGAGACGUCGUCUGCCUCACAAGGAGCCAUAACCGAGCCGUCAAUACAAAAAAAUGGGACAACGGAUACCUUGAACUGCGUCAAGGAUGUUCGCAAUAAUGCUGUGUGUAAUAUUAAGUUGUGGCAGCCAAACUACUGGUCUCAGGUCAUUGAGAGCAAGAUACAGCUUUACACGGAGAACUGGGCGGGUCUGAUGUCCGGAAGGAAUUCGUCCGUCUGGUCUUUUGCCGUUGACGACAGUAGCAAUGUCACAGUGCUUAGCGUUACAGGUAUUAGGUAUUAGGUAAGUUUAUUUGGCCAAAAUGAUUCAAAUAUGAAGUUUACAAAAGUAGUGAAAAUAACGGCCAAGGAACACAGCCAAGAUCCACAAUUAGAUCGCUCACGGCUGCGCCCAUGAUUAGUGAAUGCAGUGACCUUUCCUUUUGUAGCCUAUGCGAUUCACUGAAUACCUUUACAACGAAAGGCGAACCUUACAGAAAUUUUCCUGUAUCAGCAGUUGAAGGGGAUUUCGCAUGACCAACGUUUCGGCCUAUACUUUUUAAUUUUCACGGGCCGUGAAAUCAACCUUCUCAAUUCUUGUUUAUAACUCCGGCGCAGAUCAGAAAGCUAGACUCGGCCUGGUGAACAUGUGGACAAUAGGGCCUGCAAUAGGGUUCCAUUCAGAACCUGACUGAGGCGGGGUAAUUAAGGGCAUUGUAUUGCUCGUAUACGAAAUCGCUUUUAAGAACUUUAUAGUAACUACUCGGCCUCUGGAUGAUCAUCCAUAUUUGUAAUCACUGGUGGUGUUACUAUAGGUCGGGUUAGUUGGAUCCGCCCUAUUGUGACUGCUCCGUCAGUGUAAAACCAGUUAUAAACUCGACAUCCUGAACCUCAUAGUCUUAUACUCCCUUUAAACGUAGUGUCCUUACGUAUAUGAGUUGCUCUAUAUCUCAGACGCUCCAGGUCACGUGACAUGAAGCAGCUAGCCACGCCUUUAGUCAAGACCUUUAAGCCCGAAGCGUAGCCUUCGUGAUAUAUUUUAUAUAAUUAACACUCCUUACACUUUUGAGAUCACGAACACGCUUUAUAAUUGCAUAUCAAAUAAAUUGCUUUCCCAGGACAAUCGAUUCGCCUCUGUUUGUUUUAACGGGAUCAAUAUUAAGUUAUCCCGUCUUGGGUGCGUGUCAAGUAGUUCUCGCCUGGCGGCCGCUGGAAUGUGCUCUAGGAGUCAGUCUCGCCUCGAUGGCCGCAUUCAGUAUUCUUAUAGGCAACAGCUGUCAUCGUGUUGGUGAAGUUUUCUGAUCGCAUGAUAUCGUAUUUUAGACAUUUCUGUUGAAAUAUGAAGGGACUUCGUCGGAUUUCACUUUUAGUGGCUAAAACUUUAGAUGCUGAUGCCUGAGUUGUUUCUCUUCUCUUCUCUCUCCACGAGCUCUCGUGUGUGUAGCCCAGAAACGAAUUGCAUUAAAGAUAGUUUUAUUUAUUUUUAUGAGGUCUACAUCCGAUUUCACGUGGCUAAACCGUAAACUAAAGAUCUGCCGUUAUUCGUAUCGUCCUCGUCGACAUGCCCAUCUGUUCCCUUGUAAGCUCCUCUGCCGAUUAAUCGGUUUUUGAUUGUAAAAUGACUAACUUAUAGUUGAAUAAGAAUGAGAGAAUUUGGUUGAGCUCACACUGUGUUCGAGUUCCGAGGGACAUGAGCCAAAAUAGUUCUCAUCGGAGGUUCCUAUUUAUCAUAUCUAUCGUUACGUAUUGGGAAUCGGCAUCCUUUCUUGGGUGCACUGCAUGUAUUUGUUGCUACCGAUUCCUUGCGAAAAUAAUUUGUAUAUGUUUGAAAAUCUAGCCCGUUAAAGGUUGUAUGAAUUCAAACCUCAUAAAGUUGCAUGUGAAAAAAUAUCAUCAUACUGUUACGUUAGUUUUACGCAUUUGAAAUAUUUCACUUUCCGUUUCAAAGUCCACUACCUUUCCUUAUAGGUGGGAUACUGCUAAAGUUCUGAGAAUACACAUGUGUCUCAGUCCUGUUCCAAGUCAACGAUUUGAGAGCAGGCAAUUAGAACUGGUGCCCACAUGUAGCUAGAGUCUUUCAAAUAAAAACAUUGAUAUAGCCAACAUCACUGUGCUAGAACCCCUUGCUACGAUUUCGUUAAGGCAGGAUCAACAUCUCAACAAAAGGGGGACGCGGCAUCUCCGAGGAAAUAUUGGAAAUGAUCACGUCGAUUUUACGGUGACCAUCAAAUUGGCUCGAUCUUCGUAUAGUCAAUUAAAUAUCUUCUUGAUAUAAAGAUAUUUUUCGGACUUGAACUGAUCAUGACAGUUUCCCUCUGACUUCGUCAAGAACAGAAAAGCUCACAAAAUGCUUCUCUGGAUUCUGCUUCUUCUGGCUUCGUCGCAUCAUGGGCAAACGGCAGAUGUAAAAGGAAACUGCACGAAUAUAGAGAGUGCAUGGAACUGCGCUCUUUGGACUUGGGAAGAGCAAUGUGUGAAAAAUCGAGACUGGAUGUCGUGGAGCUGCGCCCAAGACUGUAACACAUGUCCUGUGCCGGACGCAAAUGGCUGCGAAAAUAAACUCAAGCCGGAUAUGCAGUGUUACUCACUCGCAUCACAAUGGGGUGAUCUGUGUAAGACACGAGCCUCGAUGAACGUCGACUGUGCCAAGGCGUGUAAACAGUGUGAAGAAGCUGAAUGCAGCCCAGAGGUUUAUAACCCUGGGAAUUGGGAUAUAUCCCCAUCGGAAAACGGCACCCUGCCGACAUGGAGAAAAACCCGUUCAGACAUUCUUACAACUUCACAACCAUUAUGGGACACAGAAAACCAUCAAAAAGGAUGCUACCUCCUUGCAACUACUGGUCACGCCGGUGGUUAUGCGAAGAUGUCUAAACAAGUGACGGCAACUAUCGGACAGGAUUUUUGUGUCCAAUUUUACUAUUGGAUGUACGGACCAGGGCCUGAUUUUCCAUCCAAUCUGCACUUGAAUGUAUCCGUAUCCAUUGGCAACGUGACAAACAUCAUUUGGGCUGACAACCAAAAUCGCGGACGGUCUUGGACAUUCGUGCAGGUUGCUUUGAAAGCAAAAUAUGAAAGUUUUGUGGUCGCUAUUGGUGGGAGCCGCGAUAUCAAUCUUUUUGGAGAUGUAGCAGUUGAUAAAGUCAAGUUAAUUGAAGGAGUAUGCCCAGAGAGAAAGGAAGGCACCCGGAAAGCAUCAUUCGGAGAAUCGGUCUACAUCGAGCAUGACCACACUACUUACGGUCUCUACUUGAACCUAACAGCAAGCCAUGGCCAGUGUCAAGAGUUCUGUCAGAGGAGACAGAUGAAUAUCUCACCACUUGGGAGUGCGAAAGCACUUUGGGAAUCCCAACAGGAAUAUGCCGACAACUGUUUUGAUCUAACUAGAUGGGAGUGUGACAGGAACGCUCCAAAUGGCGGAUGUGAAAACUUACAACAGAAAGAUAGGCCACUAGGCUGGAUCCUCAGAAACUGCUCCCUAUCAUGUAAUGUGUGCGACAACAAAAGAGGAAACUGCUAUGACUUUUCCAGCCGGUGUCUUGAGAAGUCGCGAUAUGGCCAGUGCGAAUCGGCCCCGUUGGAUGGCCUGAAGCAUUGUUCAAGAACAUGUGGUACCUGUCGUCAUAAAGGGCCGGCUUCCCGAAUAUUCACUGUAUCGAUGUGGGUCGGCAAAGACAGCGUAGAACCUAAUAUAACUCUUGACAAUCUGCAAGAUCUAAAUGCCUCAUGGACCGGCCUCUGCCCCGCUUGGAACGUGAGCAUCCUCAAAUUUGUUCGGGUGCCAUGCAAUGUCGUCCUGCCAUGUCUCUGCGAGGAUUACAAAGUUCCAGUGUAUACCAAUAUCCUGUCUACCAAGCCAGUCAUUGGUCCCAAUGUGGGUAACAUUACCAAUCUUCCGAAGAACGCACAUGGAUGUCGUGAGAUGGGGAAGAGUGGAAAUUUCACCCUUGAGUUGGGAACCAAGCACAGGGUGUCGUCGGUUUUGCUGACUAUGAAUUCAGGUACAUCGCCACCUCUUGGGUACCAUCGACCACCCGAUAAGAUCCCCGAGUCGCCUAUAGCACGAAGACCAUAUUUUAAUCUUGCGGCUGGCAGACCAUCCGUCGUAAGUUCCAUCGUUGAUGAUAACUGGGGUGGAGCCGCUUCCAGCGCUAACGAUGGGAAACGAAACAACAACCAUGCGGAGAACUGGCUAGUUUGUACCUGGACGGCUGUUGGGAGCGCUGGCGCCUACCACUGGUGGUAUGUCGAUCUGCAAGGCAUAUAUAAUGUCCAUGGCGUCACCGUGGUCAGAAGGGGAAAUUGCUGUGGCCCCCUCGACGAUAACUUCAUCGAUUUCAAAAUCUUUGUGACUCACUCUGUGCCUAAGGACCAGCCCGCGAUGGACGACUACUGGCAAAAUAACACCAAGGCUAUGUGUUACAAAGGCGAUAGACUCGACGUGGGCAAUCCAAUUGCAACAUACGAGUGCCGGAACGGUUCGGUCGGCAGAUAUGUCAUCCUCAUGAAGAGUAUGCUAGGCGUGCGCCAGAUAGCAUUGAACCUAUGUGAAUUAGAAGUGUUUGGGGAACCGGUCAAUUUAAAGGAAGAUUCUGUGCCCAAGUUACCCUAUUGUGCUGAUGUCGACGCUCGUGCGAUCGGCGGUUAUUGCUACCGGUUUAUCGGAGAACCGGCACCAUCAGACCAGCAGGAAAUCACAUGCAGGAGAUGGAACCCACCGACAUCGGAAAGUGUCCCUCUCGAGGAUCUAUCAGCUGCCGAAAGAGACGCCGUCCGGAAUUGGCUUUACAUUGAAUACAGCGCCGAAAAGGUCUGGGGAAAACGUAUAGGCACCGAAUGUUCAGUUUUCAUCGUUGGCGUUAAAGAGAAAUAUUCUUCACUUGGAAGGACCAAACUAUGCUUCGAGAAGCUCCCCAGUGUGUGUAGGAGCCGCGCAUCUGAUGUCUACCCAUUCCCAAUGAUCAACCUACCGGAACCGCCUGUAGCCCCCGUGAACGUCGGAGCCGUCAAUGACAUGGCCGUAUUCGCUCUUCCUGAGCUGAUGGUGGAUUCCUACUUGAUUCAGUGGGAGAUUUUCAUUCAGAAACGUCCACAGUGGAGCAUGUAUUUAUACAUUCUCGAGAAGAACGCGGAUGGCUCACUGAAAGAAACGAAAAAACAGAGAAUGUCCUUCUGGCAGAGAGGCAUCAAUUUCGGUGGUUAUAUGCUAAAUAGAGAAGGGAUGAUAACACUGAAAAAGGGAAACCUUAUUGGCCUCAGAACCAAUACGGAGAAUAUUUCUGACAUAUUACAACUUUCUGAACAGAAAUCAAGUAAUCAGCUGACAGCUGAUCUCUAUGAGUAUGCGCUCGGGGAUUUCAAACCAGUAACCUCAAACAUGAGUCUCGUUUUGCCGUUUCGCAUUUGGACACUUCCCAAAACAGUCGCUCUGAAUUGGUUUUCUCCACAAUCCUGGUUGAAAUUAUGCAACCCGUAUGAAAAAUACCUCAUAUUUCCCUUGAACCAGACUGAGAAAUCUGCCGUGCAUGUUUCCGCUGGCGGCGCGCCCUGUCACCGAGUGACGUCAUUCAUGGAUGGUUAUAGCGCCUCCUUGUUCCAAUGUGAUAAACUAACGACAUCAGUCGCCAUCUCUCGGUCAGACCACGUAAAUAUCUGCGAUGUGAAGGUCUUUGCAGCCAAAGUCUCCGAAUCGCCAUCAACAACCCCGAUCCCGGCGUCAUCGACCCGAGUGCGAGGGCUGCCCUGGAAGCAGAAUGGACCAUGUGUUGCUAUUGGCGCCGCCCGUGAGAGCGUUCAAUGGCUGCAGAUAGAUCUCUUGGUCACAUAUGACAGUGUGACAGCCAAAAUCAUCGUUACAAAAGAGAAAGAUAGGCCAAGAAACCCAAAAUUUCAACUCAUUGUUACUGCGGAAAACACAUGGUCCAAUGCGGAUCCGCUUUACGUCGGCAAGAUUGACAACUUGAAUCGAACUGAGACAAAGCAGAAUACCUUUGUGACCUUCCCUUGUACAGUGUGCUACAGCGGGCGCUUCGUCACCCUACUGGAAGUCGGUGAUGCCCUAGGGAUGGAGAUAUGCGACGUUGAAGUAUUCGGUGAUCGUGAGGGAGAUGCACGACUGGGUAUUGCAAGUGGUUACAUCUUAGACGAACAGUUCACAGCCAGCAGUUCCCUGAACGGAUAUGAACCUCACAAAGCACGGUUAGACUCCAGUGGCGCCUGGUGUACUGACUUCGAUGUGAUAGAGAAACAUUACUUGCAAGUCGAUUUGAGGUCGGAAUACCACAUCACUGGUCUGGAAACACAGGGAAGAAAGAAGGAUGGUGUUACUGGGUUCCGACUAAAAUAUGGAACGGAUCAAAAUGCGUUAAGAUGGUAUCUCGACGAAACGAAGCAGCCAAUGGUAUUCUUUACUGAGAGAUUGGGACAAACCAGCAACAUCUUCCAACUGGUGACACAGAUACGAUGUCGCUUUCUUCAAAUUCACGUCGAAAGCUUCAAUCAAGCAGCAUGUCUGAGAUUUGAACUACUUGGCUACCAAAAACAAGGUUACGCCGACCCAGAAUUCAAAAUAACCCAACCAACGACCAUCUACAGCCCUAAUAAGCCAAACUACUAUGGGACAGAUCGCACAAUCUCUUGGACGAUAACUCCACCUACCGGCCAAUUCGUCAGGAUCUACAAUGUAACGCUGAACUCAACUCUUAAGAAUAGAUUAGAGGAGAUGAACAUUGGUGACUGGCGACAAGCCUCUGACACCUUGUGUCAGGAUGUAUACACUCUGUAUAAAAAUGGCCAGCCGAUUGUCUCAGAUUUUGGGUACUACAUCCACGAUGACAGCGGACCCGUGACACUGAAAUUGUUUGCAUGUCAGCAGUCUGCCUAUCAUCCUCUGGGAUGGUUCCAGGCCCAUGUCGACUUCGUCGAUUGCCCUGGUUUCGGUUUCAACAAGAAGAAUUGCAAAGGCGCAGUCUCUGUUGACUUGAACGCCACUCAGCAGGCAUGUGGUUACAUCGGUUCACCCCUCUUCCCUAACGUCUACCCGAUCGCUGGAACCUGUGCCUGGGACGUCGCUGGGCGCUGGACAUCUUUCAUCCAACUCGAGUUUCUGAACUUGGAUGUUGCCGGCGACGGUGCUGCCUGCACCGGUGACCAGGUGGCCGUCCUGCUGUCCGGCCUGGGUGACAACGCGAAUUCACCUAGAAAGAUCGUGUGCAAUGGGGACAAGACGUUCACAACUAUGAACUCCAACUGGAACAAAAUCUCUGUGAGGUACCAACGAGUUAGACCAGAGGCUGGCGCUGGCAAAGGGUUUAUCAUCAAAUUAACUGAAGUCAACAUCGAUCAGAAGUUAUUCAAUGAAACGUAUGGGGUGUGUCCAAAAGGGUGGUUGCAGCACCUGGGAGCCUGUUACUUCUUCUCCAAGGCCGAUAGAUUGAUCACUUGGACGGAGGCAGACGGGAAAUGUAAAGACAUGUACGCACAUCUGGCAAGUGUUCAAGACCAUGACCAACAUGACUUUAUCACCUAUAAUUUGCUUACCAACUGGGAAUGGGAUUGGCAGAACCCGGGCGUUUAUAUCGGAUUGACGGACCAAGAAAGGGAUGGACGCUAUACUUGGACUGACGGAUCUCCCGUCAGCUUCACAAACUGGCGACCAGGACAGCCAGAUGGUAGCACUUUGGAGGGCUGUAGCAUCAUUGAGAUCAACAGCCUGAGCUCUGGGAGAUAUUGGCAGGACAUUCCGUGCGCCAUCAGGAAGACGAAACAAUUCAUCUGUAAGAAGUCUGCAGUUGGUGUCAAAGUAAAGGAAGCUAUCAGCAGCAAGGAUAUCAUCAAAUCUUGGAACGGGAAGUGUAAUCCAAAACGUCAGUUCACGUGCAGCAAUGGUGACUGUAUCCAGAAUCUGUUCGUGUGCGACGGGAAUAAGAACUGUCGGAAUGGCAGGGACGAAAUGAACUGCAAUCAAACUCAUUACCAAGGCAGUUGUGGCUUCAAUCAAUUCCGAUGUGAAAGUGGCAGUUGUAUUUCCGCAUCAGGCUACUGUAACUUUAAAGAUGACUGCAAUGACAAGACAGAUGAAAGUAGAUGCGUUUGGCCUGAAUGCAAAACACACGAGUUCCUUUGUAUGAACAAGCAGUGCCUAUCCAACACAUCAAUGGUAAAGAACUUUGUGAAAGACUGCGUCGAUGGCUCGGAUGAAACUGUUCGAGGAUGCAAUGGGUUCGAAUGUUUUAAUGGCAAGUGCAUCCCACACGAGCUUCACUGCGACGGUGUCAAAGAUUGUCCGGGGACCUACUCUGAGGACGAAACCGACUGUACUAAUAUUGGCAACAAACCUGUGGGUGAGGGCUACUUGAACUGCAGCACCAACUUCAUGCCUUACCCUGCAACACAGCAUUGCAUAUACGAUAAUGAUUUCCUUGGAUAUACGACUGGCUGCAGGGACUUCUCUCAUCUUAAGAAGUGCGAGUCUUUUAAGUGCCCGCCAUAUUAUCUCAAAUGUCCUGGAAGUUACUGUAUACCCCUGAGGAUGAUAUGUGAUGGCACACGAGACUGUGCCAGUGGCGAGGACGAACUGAAUUGCGAAUCAUUUGCAUGCCCUGGCAUGUUCCAGUGCAAGGACAGAAAGAAUUGCAUCAUUCAAGAAAAGGUGUGCGAUGGAAUUGAACACUGCCGCGAUGGUGAUGACGAGCUAUCAUGUUCAUUUUGUCCGGAUAGUUGCACAUGCAUCGGUGAUGCUUACCAGUGCUCCGAGAAAUCGCUUCAGUCAAUCCCAAAUCUACCUGGAGAUGCUCGGGCCGUGGACCUGACAAACAACAGUCUCGGAGAUAACUCGUUACGUGAGAUGGUUUAUCCAUUUCUCGGGAAACUGACUCUCAGUAAAAAUGACAUUACCUCUCUUGAAGGAGGUGUGUUCAGGAAUCUUGUAAACCUGUAUCAUUUGGACUUGAGGUCAAACAAGCUUGUUAACCUAUCGUCAAAUGCCUUCAUGGGGCUGCAGAAUCUCAGAGAACUGUUACUUACGGAAAAUAACUUAACUACCAUUUCGCCAAGUGCAUUUGUUGUCAAGAAUGUCUCAGGCAUUGCACGGGAUCUCGGCGUUAAAGUGAUGAAUCUCUCUGGCACCUCUCUACGAGAACUCAACGAAGGAUCCUUCGGAGGGCUUGGUAACGUGACGAGCCUUGACCUAUCAAACAACCACCUAAACAUGAUACCACUGGGCACAUUCAGGUAUACAAGCAAGGUACAACACCUUAACCUCACUGGUAACACCCUGGGGGACUUCACUGGUAAAGAAGACUUCAAGGAUCUGCCAGAGCUAAAGGAACUCCGGUCGAAUCAUUUUAGAUUUUGUUGUAUGGCCCCACAGGUCCCCGAAGAGAAUUGUUUUCCAAAGAUGGACCCGUUUUCUUCCUGCACUGAUCUCAUCCGCAUAGGCGCCUUGCGGAUCUUUCUGUGGAUACUUGGGACCAUUGCUGUAGGCGGGAAUAUCCUCGUACUCCUCCUGAGGAUAUUGACAAAGGAACCAACGACGGCGAACACCACGAUCAUCACAAGCCUCGCCGUGUCCGACCUCCUCAUGGGCGUGUACUUGUACAUCAUCGCGGCAGCGGACACCACAUUCAGGGGGUACUACAUCGAGGUUGACUGGAGCUGGAGGAAGGGCAUCGGAUGUAAGAUUGCAGGAUUCCUCUCCGUCUUAUCAAGCGAGGUGUCCGUCUUCACUUUGACUAUCAUGUCAGUGGAUCGUUUCCUGGUUGUGGUGUUCCCGUUCAGUAAGCAAAAGAUCAACUUCAAGAAGGCGAAGAUAUUAGUGGCAUCAAUAUGGAUCUUUGGGGUCAUAUUAGCCGGUGCACCGUUCUGUGUUGACUACUUGCGACAUUCGUACUAUUCAAGAUCUGGCGUCUGCCUCUCGCUCCACCUGACAUCAGAACCCGCCCCAGGCUGGGAGUACUCGGUCGCCAUCUUUUUAGGACUCAACCUCGUUGCGUUCAUGAUCAUCGCUGUACUAUACACUUGGAUGUACGUCAUCAUCAAACGCUCUGUCGAUAUGAUGAAACACAAGACCAGUCGGAAGAAGGGAGAAAACAAGGAACUAGUCGUUGCCCGCAAAAUGGCGCUGAUCAUCCUGACUGACUUUGCUUGCUGGAUGCCCAUAAUAAUUCUAGGUUUGGCUGCGAUCUCCGGGAAAGUCACGAUCCCUGGUGAUGUCUACGCCUGGAUUGCAGUAUUUGUGCUGCCGAUCAACAGCGCUAUGAACCCAAUACUCUACACACUGUCGUCUCUCGAUCUCAUCAAACUGAUAUGUGGAAAGAAAGAACCACAGUUGGAUUACUCUGGAAGCACUAGGACGAAUGUGUCUACCCCACCACUCAUGCACUCCAGCGCUCUGUGCAUCGCGGGAUACAAUAUCCGCGCAGCGCGUACGGCAUCCCGCGUCCUCUCUGUCGUUUCCCUUCAACAACCUUAG